AUGACAGAAUCUGUUCCAACAUUAAAAGUGAAUGCACAUGAUCCUCCUCCAAAUCUGCCCAUUCAAUCAAUGUCACUCAACCAACCAAAACAACAACACGAACAACAAAAUCUAGAUCUUGCACUGAUUGGCAAUUGUUCAUUUGGCGCUCUAGUCGAUAAAAAGGCUAGUAUCAAAUGGUGUUGUAUACCAAGAUUUGAUGCUGAUCCUAUUUUUUGUUCACUUGUUAGAAAAUCAAAUGAUAUAGGAUUCUAUGAUGUUGUAUUAGAGAAUUAUGCAUUUAGUGAACAAUGUUAUAUCAAGAACACAGCAGUAUUGGUAACCAAACUAUUCAACAACAAUGAUGGUGGAGUAGAGAUUAUUGAUUUUGCACCAAGAUUCAAUAUGUACAACAGACCAUACAGACCUAGUAUGCUAAUGAGAAUCAUCAAACCACUUGGUAAUUGUAGAAUCAAAGUUAGACUUAGACCUACUUUUGGUUAUGGAUGGGGAUCACCAGAAAAGACAAGAGGUACAAAUCAUAUUAGAUAUUUAUUACCUUCAAUGGUAAUGAGAUUGACUACCAAUGCACCGAUAUCUUAUAUUGUUGAUGAAGUACUUUUCGAAGUUGAUGAACCUCUUUACUUUGUAUUCAUGGCCGAUGAAAGUUUAAAGGAAUCAUUAAAUGAAGUUACAAACACCUAUCUUGAAAAAACAAUUGAAUAUUGGCAUGAAUAUACCAAAUCUUUGGCUAUUCCAUUAGAAUGGCAAAGUCAAGUAUUAAGAGCAUGUAUAACUGUAAAGUUAUGUCAAUUUGAAGAAUCUGGAGCAUUGAUUGCAUCGGUGACAACGUCGAUUCCAGAGAAAUCAACUUCUGAAGGGUUUGACCUAAGAUUCUGUUGGUUAAGGGAUACUGCAUACAUUAUCCAUACCUUUAACAAGUUGGCCAACACCAAGAUGAUGGAGGAUUUCCUUACCUAUCUUUCCAACAUUGUGGCAGGAUCUCAAGAGAAUGGUGGUAUCUUGCAACCAGUCUAUGGUAUCUCGCUUGAAACCAAACUCUAUGAAAAGGCAAUGUAUCGUCUUACUGGUUACCGUGGUAUGGGUCCAGUUAAAAUUGGUACUCGUGACUACAAGUUGAUUCAAAAUGAUGUCUAUGGUCAUUUAAUCCUUUCAAGUAUUCAAAUGUUCUUUGAUGAAAGAUUACAAAAACCUGGUGAUGUCAAUUUAUUCCAAAGAUUAGAAGGAUUAGGGAUUCAAGCUUAUACCAAUUAUAAUAAACCAGAUUGUGGACCAAGUGGUAAUGGAUCGGUUGAAGAGGGUAAGAUCUAUACCUAUACAAGUGUGAUGUGCUGGGCCGGUUGUGAUAGAUUGGCAAAGAUUGCCAACAAGUUGAGAAUCCCAGACAAGGCAAUGUUUUGGCAAGAAAUGGCCGACAAGAUCAAAAAGGAUAUCAUGGCAAAUUGUUUCAACGACAAGUUGGUUUCAUUUGUCAGUACCUGGGGUGGAGACUGUGUAGACCCUUCCAUUCUCUUCCUUGGAGAAUGCGGUUUUGUCUCUCACAUGGACCCAAGAUACCUAGGAUCUGUCAAGUUGUUGGAAUCUACCCAUCGUGUUGGCAUGUAUAUUGUUGACGGCCCCAACUCCAAGACUGCAUCGGUCACUCAGACACUUCUCUAUCUUACUGCUCUCCACAAGAUUGGUAGACACGACGAAGCAAGACAACUCUUUGAAAACAUCCUCAAUGACUGUACCUCUUUGGGUCUCAUCAGUCAAAACAUUGAUCUUGAAACAAAAGAGAUCUGGGGUAACUUCCCAAAAACAGCUUCCAUGGUUGCUAUUAUUAAUGCUGCUAUUUGUCUUAGCAAGACUUGGGAAUCUGAAAUCUAA